AUGGCGGUCACUGCUUCAGAUCCUGUGAACAGUAACAUCUGCCCGUCUGGUCGGUUGCAACAUCUAACUUUUCCUCUGACGGGGCCUUUAUUUCCAGUCCCUCACAAAUCAUCGAUGCCACCCGACAGAAGUCUAGUGAAGGUCAACUACGAGACAGUGAUGCAAGUUAUGAUAGACAGGGAAUGGGUAUCAGUGUCAGCGGAAAAGAUGUUGACGAGUGCAGAGUCGGGCCAUCAGAACUCUGCUCAAAUAAAAAAAUCCAGCUGUACCGGUGGCUGGAGAUCGACGAUUUGGCGAUCACUGCGUCAGCCGGUUGACGCAGCCCAGGGCCGGUGCCGUCGUCGGGAAAAAUCGUUGCCAGCGCUCCGCGCGUGGGCGUGGCGAAGCGAAGAGGAGGAGGCGCGUGGAUUCUCAUAUGAGACGAAACUUUCCAACAGUCAUGGCGCAGACAUCGAUAUUGUAGUUUCGGCCGGACAAACCUCCCUUAAUCAUUCAUGGGCGAAGAGUUCCCUGACGACGUCCUGCGUUGCCAACUCGUACGGCUUCAUGUCCCUCUCCAGUCUCCACUCCAGGCGUGAGGGUUCUUGUCGGCACCGGCAGAUACGCAGGGCGCGCACUACCCUCCUGUUGAUUGUGGGCCGCCGCGUAGUGCAACGGAGUUUGCCCGGGCCGUCCUGGCGUUUACGACCGCGCGCUCCGCGUCGACAAGCAGAACCUAAAGAGCGGGCUCUGCUGUCGUGGAGAGCAGCGGGGUGCAGCACGCAUGCCGUCGGCAGCCAUAUCCGCAUCUCGAUCUUCUUCUGGCACAGAUUCUCAUAUGAGACGAAACUUUCCAACAGUCAUGGCGCAGACAUCGAUAUUGUAGUUUCGGCCGGACAAACCUCCCUUAAUCAUUCAUGGGCGAAGAGUUCCCUGACGACGUCCUGCGUUGCCAACUCGUACGGCUUCAUGUCCCUCUCCAGUCUCCACUCCAGGCGUGAGGGUUCUUGUCGGCACCGGCAGAUACGCAGGGCGCGCACUACCCUCCUGUUGAUUGUGGGCCGCCGCGUAGUGCAACGGAGUUUGCCCGGGCCGUCCUGGCGUUUACGACCGCGCGCUCCGCGUCGACAAGCAGAACCUAAAGAGCGGGCUCUGCUGUCGUGGAGAGCAGCGGGGUGCAGCACGCAUGCCGUCGGCAGCCAUAGUGCUCUGGCACUAAUUGACGGAUUUUAUUUCAUCAAUGCACUUCUUAAUUUGUAUGUAGGUCUAGAAUCUGAAGAUGGAGGAAACAAUGUCAACCUCCAAAAUGUAAUGCAAAAUACUUUUGAAGAGAUUGAUAUGAAGAUAAAUCACUGCAAUAAGAAAAGAAUGCAAUUGAUUUUGAAGGAACAUUCCAUAUCAAGUGGUCUAAUUUUUGGAAAAAUGUCCCUUCCGACCAUAUCUAAUUUUGAUGAAAUUUACUAUGCUUGGUCUGUCAUGUCUGAAAGGAUCUUUUGUCAAGUUGUAGAUGCUUUGUUGGGUAGGAACCGGUAAACCGCAGCCAUGACGUCGGAGAGCGGAUGGGAUGAGGAGAGAUUGCUGCAACGAUUGAUCGAGGAAGCCAAGAGACUCAACAUCCAAGAGACCUCGCGCCUGCAGGAUCAGGAGGCGGUGCGCCUGCAGGUGGAAGAGGCGGUGCGCCAGCAGAUCCACGAGGCGGUGCGCCUGCAGCUCGAGGAGGCGGUGCGCCAGCAGCUCCAGGAGGCGGUGCGCCGGCAGGUGGACGAGGCGGUGCGCCUGCGCAUCCAGGAGGGCGUGAGCCUGCCGUUCCAGGAGGCGGUGCGCCUGC